AUGUCUUAUAAGAUCCCUCGUUCAGAGGCUCUUGAAAUUAAUGAAUCACCAAGUAGACUCAAAAGCUCCUUCUUUAAAAUUAAGUCUAUGGCUUCACAUAACCUCCAUGAUCAUUGGGGAGUUAUCUGGGGGAAUUUUCAAACACUAUUAGGUGAAGUAACAACUAAGGACUUACUAACUGAAACUCAUUGGAAAAUACCAAGAACAUUUAAACUUAGAAAAGAGCAACAUGGAAGUCAUGUAUUUUUAUUGAAUAUUAUGUCUUAUCCAGAUUUGGCUAAACGUCAAUUAAUGAUGGAAUAUUGUCAAAAUACCCCUCGGAUACAAGAAAUACAAAAUAAAAUUAAAAGUUAUGGAAUGAAUCAAUAUUAUAAAUCAAUUCCUUUAAAAGCAUCAAUUCAUGUUGAUAGACCAACAGAAAUAAGAAUUCAAACUACACAUAUUCCAACAUAUUAUCAAUAUGAGUUUGGAGUUCAAAAAUUUGAUGAAAAUGAUGUUGAUAUUGUUGUUUUUACUCUUCAUAUACCAUUUAUGGUUACAUGUCCAACAGGAUAUCCAGUGAUUGUUGUUGAUGUUGGAGUGUAUUUGCCUAAAGGAAUAAUCAAUCAUAAAUCAUUCCAUGAUUCAUUUUAUGAUUAUAUUAAUCGUAUUUUCUUUUAUUAUCAAUUAUUAAAUAUCACAGUAAACAAGGAAGAAUCUACAAAUUACCUUAAUGAACAAUUACUUACAUUUAUUGAUAAAAUUGAUGAAUUUAUUCAAUUGUUAUACUCAAAAAAACAAUAUCAUCUUCAAUUACAAUUCAUUUAUGAAGGCCAUUCAUUUAUGGAACGUGCUCGAUAUAUUUCAUCAAUUAUUUCUGGUUAUCUUCGAAGUUAUUACACAGUUUGUAUCCCAACUUCUACUGAUGAAAUUAAUGAUAUCUCAUUAUUAUUAGAUCAGUUUUCUUCUUCAACAAUGAUGGAGUUACACUCAAAUAAUCUUACUGUUCAAAUCAAUCCAUUUUUUACUGUUCAAUUUGUUACAACUAUCGAAUCAACAGAUUAUUUUAUUUUUCCAUUUCCUUUAUGUCUCAUUGUAACAAAACAACUUUCAGUAGAGACAAUGAAAGAAGUUAAUAUAAUUUCUUAUUAUGCCUCAAGAGCAAGUUAUUUCAUUAACACCAUUGACAAAGCACUAAAACUUGAAAAUCCAUUCCCUCAAAUAAGUCCAAUUGAAUUAUUACUCCCUUUGGACCAUGAAUUUAUUAUUGAAGAUCUUGUAAAACGAUCUAUUGAAUUAAUUGAUAAACGUAAAACAUUAAUAGCUGAAUACCUAUUUAAAGAGAUAUCAAUCUUAUUAAUGAGUAAAGCAAGUAUUCUAUAUAAUGAACUAUUGACACUAAACAUACCAUUUGGUAAAACAAUAAUAGAAAAAAUGGAGUCUUGUCUUGACUUACAAAAAGCAGACCUUCAACUAAUUAUUUGCAUGUUAAAAUAUGAACAACCUAUCAUAGUAGCAAAGUUUCAUGAAGCACUAACAGAAGCACUAGCUGAGGAGAACCAAAUCAAAAAGAACUUUUUUUAA